AUGUAUGAUAGACCUGCUUUUAUCCGUCCUCCAUAUGGUAAUGCCAAUGAAGACACUGUCUCAAAGCUUGAAUCCAGAGGCUACUCCGUCAUCAAAUGGUCCACUGAUACCAAAGAUUACGAUACCCAUAACCUUCAGCAAGAGAUGGCUAAUGUGAAAAAUUCCUUCAACUCAACCGGUUCUGAUGAAGGAUACAUUACCUUAUCUCAUGAUGUCUAUGAGCAAACCACGACUGAAUUGACUGAGGCAUUGAUUGAUUAUACCAAGAGCCAGGGUUUCCAGUUUGCUACUGUUGCCGACUGUAUUGGCAAGAAUCCUUACCAAUAA